ACUCGAUAGGACGCCUUCCAUGACUGAUCUUAAGCAGUUGUCUGUUUUUCACUCCAUUCGUGCUUCCUAGUCUUAUAGAUCACUCUCAACACAGUCUCUUUUGUAGGGCAACGUGCAAGUGACAACUUACCUCUUACAACACGUGAAAUCACCAUCAUUAAGUCCUAUCUUCACCACCUAUCCAAAAUAAAUUUACAGGUCACAUAACUUACUUUCGUGCCUUAUCAGUGGCUUUGGUUUUUACAUGUUAUCUGUGGUCGAGCCUGCCUUUUUUAUUAUGAACUAUCGUCCAGAAGAACUCCGUCUCCAGCUUUCUUUUCUUUCAUAUUCUUUACGAAAAACUACUUGUGACUUUAAAGAAAUCCGAUAUUCAUAUUGGUGCGGCUGUGUUGCUGGGACUGCUGAAUAGUUGCUAUUAAUUACAAUGAAACAAUAUUGCUACACCGACUCAAGAAAGGAAAAUAGUCUAAAUCUCGACUUGUUCAUUUACCGACCACUGAUCAAAGAGACAUCAAAGCUUACAAUAAGGUUUGUUUAAUCGUCAUUUAAAUUCUCCAUAUAUUACAUGGAAAUACAAAAUGAAUGUGGUCAAGAAUUCACCGAGUAACACGGAAAAUUCUAACGAUGCUAUCGAUUGGGAUGAUAUGGUUAAUCAUCCAGCAUUUGGGGCAGAUAUUGAUCCCAAAGCAGGCUUACAUCCAGCUACUGAAGCUUUGCAAGCACUGAAAUAUGAGUCAGAAGAUCCAGAUGCUAAUGCUCGUAGUUAUAAAGAAGAAGGAAAUUAUUAUUAUAAGGGAAAAGAAUUUUCUAAAGCAAUAUUGUCUUAUACAGGUGGCCUACGUGCAAAGUCAUCAGAUCGUAAAUUAAAUGCAAUAUUGUAUACCAAUAGAGCAGUAUGUCACUUCUAUCUAAAGAAUUACCGAUCAUGUAUUCGUGAUUGUAAGUCUGCUGUUAGUUUGUCACCGUAUUAUAUUAAAGCUUAUGUAAAAGGAACCGAAGCUUGCCUGGCACUUUCAAAAGUUGAUGAAGCUUUAGAAUUGUCAUCAGCCGGCUUAAAUGUACUGCCUUCUUCUCCUGAAUUACUUGAAAUGCAGCAUAAAGUUCUUAAAAAGCAAAUGGAAUUAGAUAAGGAGGUUGAACGGCGAUCGAAAUUGGAUUGUAGAAAAGAAAAUGAUAUGAAUGCUGAAUAUGAGAUUUUAAGGUCACGUGGAAUUGAUGUUAAUCUCAAAUUAAAACCUAUUGAUAUGCCAGAAGUCAGUUGUUCCACAUUUUAUGUGGAUUCAUUGGGGAAAUUUCACUGGCCUAUUCUUUUUAUGUAUCCUGAAUUCGGACAAACUGAUUUCCUCCGUGAUGUAAUUGAAUCAAGCACGAUCAUUGAUUGUUUAAAGUUAGUUUUUGAUGUGAAUCAGCCUCCUCCGCCGUGGGACCCGAAGCGCCUAUACUCCCUUGAAGAUGAUGCUAUAGAGGUUUAUUUUGAACAUGAUAAAAUGAAAAAGUUUAUUCUUUGUUCACCGCAAUGUACAAUCAAAAAAUUAACUAAACAAAAUGGAUUUAGUGUCCGCAGAGAUCUACUUAUUAUUUUACAUGUGAUAUCUAAACGAUCAACACAUUUCUAUACUAGUUGGAGAGACGAGAAAAUUUAACUCUUUUGACUGUCUAGUUUUACGCGUUAUUUGUAUACAUCAUCCCUCUUUUUUAAAUACUGGAUAAAAUAAAACCCCAUUUGU